AUGUCACACCCAGUGAGCAGUUUAUCUGAAGGGUACGGGUCCCGAAUUGUAAAGACGGAGGACUCCCUCAUCCUCCUGGAGCGAAACAGAAGCUCUGUAGAUCCCUGGGAGAUGGUUGAGACCAAACCAAACAUUGAAGCCCUGGAAAGGGGUGUCCCGGGCCUUCACUUCUCCUGCUAUGACAUGCUUCUCACUGAAGACGCCACUUGGCUGGUAAAAGUUUCUGAUGCCUCCCCAAUGCUGGCCGUGCCCAUGAAUCACAUGGAGAACCUGGAGGAACCGGAGCAGUGUCCCAUCAUUGACAGCCAGGAGCAAGGCCUGUCUCCUGGGCUGGUGGGGCAGGAGGAGGAGCGGUCUCUGGAGCAGGUUCAGAGCAUGGUUGUUGGAGAGGUGCUAAAGGACAUCGAAACUGCCUGCAAGCUCCUCAACAUCACCCCAGACCCGAUUGAGUGGAACACAGCAAAUGUCCAAAAGUGGCUGCUAUGGACUGAACAUCUGUACAAGUUACCUCACGCAGGAAAAGCCUUUCAGGAGCUGACCGGAAAGGAUCUGUGUGCCAUGAGCGAGGAGGAGUUUCGCCAGCGCUCCCCGCUGUGUGGAGACACGCUGCACGCUCACCUGGACAUAUGGAAGUCAGCUGCCUGGAUGAAGGAGAGGUGUUCAGUCGUGGAGACUAAAACUACAGGCCAUGAGGAGCUGUGGUCCGAAGCGGACUCGUCUUGUUCGGGUCAACCUAUUCAUCUGUGGCAGUUCCUCCGAGAGCUCCUGCUCAAACCUCACAGCUACGGACGCUGCAUCCGCUGGCUAAACAAAGAAAAAGGCAUUUUUAAAAUCGAAGACUCGGCCCACGUGGCGCGGCUGUGGGGACUCAGAAAGAACCGACCUGCCAUGAACUACGACAAGCUGAGCCGCUCCAUUCGUCAAUACUAUAAGAAGGGCAUCAUCCGUAAGCCCGACGUGUCUCAGAGACUGGUGUACCAGUUUGUUCACCCAGUAUGAG